AUGUGGUACUUAACAAAUUCUAAAACACAACACGUAUACUACCUGGUAUCGCAACCCGCCGGUCAUACGGUGGGCCGUACUGGCACGGAUCUUAUAAUAACCGGAGAUGAAUCGAUCAGUCGCAAUCAUGCCAUGCUGCAGCCGUACAAGAACGUACUAAACCUAACCGAUACAGGAUCUCGGUACGGAUCGUACGUGAAUGACAACAUUGCAAAAACUGUCCCCAUUUCGAAGGAACAAGCUACGGCACUGAAACCUGGUGACAAGAUACGAUUCGGCCGAUGUGGAAGUAUCUGGCUGGUAGGAAAGGUGGAUUUCCAGUGUCUUACUUCAACACUAAUUAUGGACGAUGAGCUAAAAACGAUCCUACACAAGAUUGGUGCCGAAUUAGUGUCCAAGUAUACCGAAGAGGUAACGCACCUGAUAAUGCCCACGAUUACCAUCACUACGAAAUUCCUCCAAUGCUUGGUCGGGCAGGUACCGAUUGUUAAGCCAGAACUAUUCCAAACCAUCGACAGGGAUUGUAUCGCCCAUGGUAAAGCACUGCCAUCGGAAAAAGAUUUCGUACCGGUGUGUACAGAGCCUUACAUGAGAAAUGAACCACAACUGUUUCACCCUAAUGCUACUCGGAGCGAUCUUUUCAAGGGAAAGGAAUUCAUCUUUUUCAACACCGUUCAGUUUCGCCAGUUCGAGAACAUUGUCAAAAUAGCCGGUGGCGUUUGUUUGUGUGCAAAGAGUGAGAAAAUUGUUAAAUCUCGCUUUUUAAAGCCGAACGUCGUUGCCAUUAGACUGAACUCAUCCAGCACUACUCAGUCGCAGUCUCAAUCGUUCGAGACAAUGUCCCAGUACUUAGCGUCGUAUGGACGUCGCAUGGUGCCGGAUAUGGAAAUCGGAUUGGCGCUCAUAUUCUGCUCGACGGAAAAGUACUGCAAUUCGGAGUACAACUUUGCGUUUAACGUCGAGGAAUGCUGCAGUUCUGUGGGUGGUGAUGGUGAUACGUUGGCCAAAAGCACGGAACAACAGACGGAGAGUAUGGAUGGGAAGCGUACAAAUAUGGCGGAAAUCCACACCAUCCCGGAAACAGAACUCCAUACCGAAGUUAAACAACAAAAUGCUUCGGUAAACAGUAAGACCACCAUCAGUAGUUCCUCCCGCUCUACUUCAUCAUUCGUGAUUCCAAAAGCUGAAUCUUUCAACAAAAAUAUACCGGAAGAAAGGCGCAAGUCCAAACGGAUAAACGAAGAAGCUUUAACGGUCAAAGAACAUUUAACGGACCGCGAUGAUUAUAAUAUACCGAAACGUCGCCGUAGAAAUGCUAGUCCGGUUAAAAGCGUAAGCUAUUCGCCAGUGGUCGAUUCCAAGCUAACUGAAACAGAGCGCCAGAGCAGUGAGUUGCAUGUUCCCGAAACGCAACCUACAACUGAUUCAGCGGUGUCACAUGCUUUGCAAGCAAGUGGAUUCCGUGCAGUCAAACGCAACCUGAUGGAACGGUCAGUGCGAACGGGUAUUGAACCAGCCAAAGCUCAACGUUCCGCUAAUCUAGACCUGGACGAUGACGACAUGCUAAUGUUCAAUGAGUUGGCUCCACGAAAGAAACGACACAUGGAGACAAAUAAAGAAAAAACACCAACAACCAACACAGUCGCAAGUCGGAACAGUAAAAACACUCCUGUCGCAGAAGAGAACACAGUCGCAAGUCGGAACAGUAGAAACACUCCUGUCGCAGAAGAGAGUUUAUUCUGCUUCGACGAUUUAUUGACGACACAGAAGCGACGUGCUGCAAAUCAACGCAAAGCAAAACAGUCUGCUUCUAUCGAUGUCGUACCUCCCAAUAAUCUUUCAAAAACAUCGAUCGUAUCUUCUGAUGCAUCAUUGUCUCGUUCGGUCGGAAUACAAAAUCGAAACGCUAGUGACGAUUCGAUGCGAAAAAGUUACCGUGAAUUUAUUAAGCCAAUACAUCAAUCCUCGAUAGGAUGGCUAGCGUCGACGAUGGAUGGCUUAGAAAUAAGCGACCCUUCAUUCGACGAGACGAAAAUUAAAUCUGAACCCCUGGACGAAAUCGACGAUCCGUACGGCAUACAGAGGGACAGUAAAAAAUGGAUCAAAAGUGUGGAGAAUGCGAUUUCGGUGCUGGAUGUAAGCUUAAAGUUAGUCGCUCGUCGACCGAUCGAUGUAACCGGACAGGAAGUUUCCUGCGUUACGUCGGACGGUGGAAAAAAUUUCAAAGCGUUCGUAAAGAAACGCAACUACCCGUCGCAACUGCAUGUGUCUGCCGUGAAGUUGGUUUGUGUAUUGGACGAUACUCAGUGCGGCUGAUGUAUUUUUAAAGCUUUUACGCUUGAUCAUUCUUAACUGGUCCUUAUUAACAUACUAUUUCAUCUAUAUUAACAUAGCCUUAUCAAAAUUUACAAAGAAUAUAUAUAUAUAAGUUAA